AUUAUGAAUUUUAAUUUAUUUAUGUAUAACACUCUUUUUGUUUAAAUAAAUAAAUAAAUAAGGGCGAGAUUAUCUCAGUUGUGAAGAUGAAUUCAUGCACAAUUAAGUUUAUUUCAAUAGACCAGCCAAUUAUGGUUAUUGUUUCGUCAAAAAAAAUAAAUAAUGGUUAUUGUUAUUAAUUUUAUCUAUAAAAUAAAUAUGUUUUCUAAAAAAAAAAAAAAAAAAGAAAAACCACUAUGUUUACCUCCAUUACCCAAGCCUAGAAGUCAUACCAAAAGGAAAAUGAAAAGGAAAAACCAUGCAUAAAAAUAUGGCAUCAAAGAGGAAAUUUGGGGAUAAAGGCCACAAGUUAACAAACUUGGCAAGGAAAUUGUGCAUCUAAAAUAACGCGUACCCCUCUUUAUAUGCUUUCUUACAACAUUUUAUGUAGCUAGGCUUUAUAUACUUCUUCGUAGAUCGUAUACCUUAACAAGUAACAAAAAUAAAGAACCAAAAAUAUACCUUAACAUAAUAUUAUCAUGAAGAAUUUAUGCUUGAUGAGAAUACUCAAGAGAUUGAGAAUUAUUAAUUUUAUAGUUCUAAUAUAUGCAUUCUUACAUGCUAGAUUGGCAUCAAGUGCUCAACAAUUUACAGCAAUGUACGUCUUUGGAGAUUCACUUGUUGACAAUGGAAACAACAACUACUUGAACGCCCAAGCUAAAGCAAACUUCUACCCUUACGGGAUUGAUUUUUAUCAAGGUCCUACCGGAAGAUUCACCAACGGGAAGACCAUAAUCGACUUCCUCUCUGAAUCGCUAGGACUUCCCUAUUUACCACCCUUUGCAAAUCCUUUCAAUACUGAUAGAGAUAUCAUGUAUGGUGUAAAUUACGCCUCAGCUGCUGGGGGAAUUCUUGAAGAAAGUGGACAAGCCUUGGGAGAAAGGUUUAGCUUCAGUCUACAGGCUCGGAAUUUCGGAAUUACCAAAAGACAGUUGCAGAAUCAUAUGAAUGAGACGGAUUUGCAACAAUACCUUACAAAGGCUUUGGUAGUGGUUAUACUAGGAAGCAAUGACUAUGUAAACAAUUACCUCAAUCCAACUUACCCAAGUCAAUCUAAAUUCAAGCCCGAAAAUUAUGCUGAUAUUGUCAUCAACCAAUACACAAAGCAAAUUCAGGCACUAUACGAUCAAGGUCUAAGGCUGUUCUUCUUGGCUGGAGUAGGGCCAAUUGGCUGCACCCCUUCUCAGAAAACAGUGGCUCGACUGCCUGCUGAUAAAUGUGUUACCUUCAGCAAUGAUGUGGUUCAAAUGUUCAACAUAAGGCUAAAAACCUUGGUUGAUCAAUUUAAUGUCACCCACCCAAAUGCAACUUUUAGUUUUGGGGAUACCUUCCAGGCUCUGACGGAUAUACUUGCUCAUCCUGCCCAGUUUGGAUUGACAGAAUUGGAGAGAGCAUGCUGUGGAGUGGGGCGAAAUAAUGCAGAAAAAAUGUGUCUUCCUUUAUUAAUACCAUGUUUAAACAGGAAUCAAUAUGCUUUCUGGGAUGCAUUUCAUCCGACAGAAGCUGUUCACAGGCUCCUAGCUUUAGCGGCUUUCAAUGGCCCUAAAUCUUAUUCUCACCCCUUUAAUCUCAAGGAGAUAGUUGAGAUGGCCAAAGUUCAGAUCUGAAUUCCCCUGUUCUGUAAAUUAAAACUUGUGAACUUGUGUAAAAGUGCAGCUGUGAUUGAUAUUUGAUAAUGAAAAAGUUAGUACGUAUACUAAUUCAAUUUGUUGAACUAAUGUAUUACUACAGUGCAUAGAUGUAGCUUCUGCAUGUAUUUAGCAGUACUUGUGUUUAAUAUCGGCAUAUAGCUUGACAGUCCUGUGUAAUCGAUUUUCGAGGUUAAAUAAAUGAAUUAAAGGCAAUUUUAUAGCUCAUGUUGCACCUAAAAAAUUCAAGGCUUCUAGACUAAACCACAAUAUAAUUAUGUUUAUCAUCCAAUUGAGUUUGUUUCAUGUUAAUUAGACCCGAAAAGCAAAAUAACCAAGUGUACACACCACAAGUUGAGUUCAAAUUGUCUGCAUCAGCCUAAUGCCGAAGAAAACUUAUUUUAAAUUUCUUUGAUGAUAAGUUUGAUUGAGAGAGUCUCAUACUCUCAUGUGAUAUAGAUUGGUUGAAUUCUCUUCACUGGCGAUUGCAAUCCUGCAUCAGGCUUCUAAGAUCUAAGUUCUACGUCUUCAUCUAUACAGAGGCAUAUAAUAGGGUUGAACUAGAAAAGGAAAUAAGUCACAGAAUCCAAAUGAUGCAGCAAGCAAGACUUCUCGGCUCAGGAAAACUAAUGCCAACUAAAAGCAUCUAAAUCUGUGAAGCUAACAGAAUAUUUCCAGUAUCCAACGUACUACGUAGCAACAAUACUGAUUUUAGGUCUUAGCAAUUCUAACAUAUUCAGAAUGUACUAAUCAUAUUCCAAGUUUCCAAGUGUUUCGGCUUUAAAAUCUCAGUUCUAGGUCGUAGCUAAUUAUAUUGCUUUCAUCAUUCCGCAAGAGCACAAGCAAUUAAAGGGAUGUGUAAUACUAACAACUUAAUGUCACACUGUGAGCUUUGACACAAUAGACAAUAAUGAGGACAUAAGAAAGAGAUGAUAAUAAUAUUUAGAAGGCUAAUUGCCUAUAAAACCACUUAAUUAAAGACAUCAAACUGAAAUUGAAGAAGGAGAGGUAUGCAGUCGGUACAAAGAAUAUAACUGAGGCACAAUUUAUCAAGCAGAUAUAAUAUCAAAAAAAAUUAAAUAAUAACAUCGAACUACAAAGGUACCUGAGGC